AUGUCAUCCUAUAUAUCGGUAGAAGGGGAAAUGGAUUGGGAAGUCCCAAACGCCGGCAAACCUUGCAAAACUUGGUACAGGAUCAUCGGUAGCCUUGACACAGCUCUACCACCCGUGAUCGCGCUCCACGGCGGCCCAGGGUCCGGCCAUAACUACAUGGUCGCGCUGACAGAUAUCCACGAGACGCGAGGUGCUCCCAUUAUCCUAUACGACCAGAUCGGAUGCGGCCACUCGACGCACUUCCCCGAGAAACUGGGCGACGAGGCAUUUUGGACUGUCGACCUCUUCGUCAAAGAGCUGGACAAGCUGAUCGACCACCUCAACCUGCGAGAUAAAGGCUUCCACCUCCUCGGGCAGAGCUGGGGAGGCAUGUUAGCUGGGACGUAUGCAUCCCUACGGCCCCGCGGUUUGAAGAAGCUAGUGAUGUCGGGUUCGCCUGCCAGCAUGCCGCUCUACCGGGAGGCGUGCCAGCGUCGUCUUGCCCAGCUGCCGCCGGACGCACAGCGUGCCCUCGAAAAUGGCGACCAUGAGAGUCGAGAGUACAAGGAGGUGUCUACCGUUUUCUUGAGAAGAUUCGUCUGUCGACUAGACCCGGUGCCAGAGCCGAUACAGCAAGCUUUUGCCAAUAUAAAGGAGAACCCUGCUGCAUACAAGACUAUGCAAGGCACAUCUGAAUUUGCCACGGUCGGUACUCUCAAAGACUGGGAGGGCUGGAAAGACGCACAUGACAUUGAAGCAGAGACGUUGCUCCUGAACGGGAGACACGACGAAGUGAUGGACUUUGUCAUGGAGCCCUGGUUCAGGGUCAUCAGCAAGGUUAAAUGGGUCACGCUUGAGAAUUCGAGCCAUACGUCGAUGUGGGAAGAGCGGGAGAGGUUUAUGCAGCUUUGUAGCGAGUUUUUGUACCCUGAGAUUGAUAUUUGA